AUGGGUAUAAAACAAUUGUUCGAAAGUCCUUUACCGGUCGACAAAAUUACUGACAAGGCAACAGCAAUUAAUUUAAGAUCAAUCGCACGACCUUAUAUGAGAGCAUUUCAUUUUUCAUGGAUGGGAUUUCUUACCGCGUUUACCGGAUGGUUUGCCAUACCACCUUUAUUGGUGACAAUCUCAGAAGAUUUGCAAUUAUCAAAAGAUCAAGAAGCCAGUACUAACAUAGCAGCUGUCUCAUCUACAAUACUAUUUCGUAUAUGUGCCGGACCAUUGACCGACAGGAUCGGACCUAAGCGAGUUAUGGGAUUAUUGCUGAUAGCGGGUUCCAUACCAAUUGGAUUAUCUGGUUUGGUUACUGGGUUUGAGGGAUUGGUUGUUGUAAGAAUUUUCAUUGGUAUUCUUGGUGCAACAUUUGUGCCAUGCCAAACCUGGACCACACAUAUGUUCAACCGUAACAUUGUUGGUAGCGCCAAUGCGUUAGUAGGUGGAUGGGGUAACAUGGGAGGUGGAUUGACAUAUAUUUUGAUGCCACUGGUAUUUGGUGGAUUGCUUAAUCAAGGAUUGUCAAAACACGACGCAUGGCGUGUAGCUAUGGUCAUACCAGCAUGUUUAUGUAUUAUGGUUGGAAUUGGUUGCUUAUUAUUUGUUGAUGACUGUCCACAAGGCCAAUGGAGAGAUCACAAACCACCUGCUGAAGAAACUAAUGUCAUUGAAAAAGAAAUACAAACAGUUACUGUUACCGAUGAUUCCAAACCAGAACCUACCAAACCUGUAAUCGAAGAAGAAAAACAAACUGAUAACCAAGUUUACAAGAAAGGCGCUGACACUAAAUCAAUCAUAAAGAAAUUUUUAUUAGCAUUAAAAAAUCAUAAUGUAAUAAUAUUAAUGUUAAUGUAUGCAUGUUCAUUUGGAGUGGAACUUGCGGUGGACAAUGUUAUUGGUAUAUUCUUUGCCGGUCAAUUUGGUCUUGAUCAACAUACUUCAUCAUAUAUUGGAUCAUCAUUUGGUCUGAUGAACCUUUUUUCACGUGCAAGUGGAGGAUUUCUUUCUGAUUAUGCAAAUUCCAAGCUUGGUAUUCGCGGCAGAUUGUUAACCCAAUUUUUGAUUUUAUUUAUGGAAGGAGUGUUCUUGAUUGUUUUCAGAUUUUCACUUGGCUCAUUGUCAUCAGCCAUUGUAGUUCUCAUUAUUUUCAGUUUUUUCACGCAGGCAUGUUGCGGUUCUUCAUUUGGUAUUGUACCAUUCGUAGAUCCUGCUAUAAUGGGAGCAGUUUCCGGAUUGGUGGGAGCUGGUGGAAAUAUAGGAGGAUUUUUCUUUAAUUAUGUGUUCAAAUGGUAUGCUUACGAUAGACCAACCGGAUUUUUAGUAUUAGGAAUAGCCGUUUUGGCCGUUUCAUUUACCACAUUUGCUUUGAGAAUUGAACAAACUAUGUUAUUAACAAGAAAAUAA